CAAAAAAAGGCAAAACAAAUGAUCAGUUUAUUUUCAAGAACAAAAAGAACAAUGAGGGGAGGCUGAAAAUAGUGUUUUCUCUUUUCCUUUUCAAGUGUUUUGUUAUGUCCAAAAAACAAAAAUCAGUGGAUCCUUAUGCGGGUCAAUAUCCUCCGCCACCACCUUUGCCCAAACAUGAGGCACCUGCUGAACCUUUUUACAUUAUUGAUCCAACCACCACUAAUAGACACUCUUUCCAUGAAGAAAGCAUAGCCGGCUCAAGUCAUUCUGCACGUCCUAACAGACAAUCCUUCCAUGAAGGCUCACUCCACAAUAAAUCCGCAGGGGGUUCGAGUCAUUCCCUACAGCAGGAGCACCCUAAGGGCCACUUUUAUGAGGCAAGCCUACAUAGUGGCCCAGCAACAGCAGCAGUAACAGAUGAUACCGGCUAUUACGAUCCCGAUGCGGUGGAUUUGCGAGAAUAUCUCUAUGCUGAAAGGCAACAAAAGUUACGUGUACAACAGCAAGAAAGAGAGCAACAGGAGUAUCAACAGAAAAUGGAGUAUCAAAAGCAGCUGGACUACCACAAACCAAUCAUGGAUGCAGAGGAUCCUUAUCGUCAUCAUCACGCACGGCCCGAUUCAAUGUUCUAUAAUAAUAACCAAGCGUAUCAGAACGAAGAACUCAUGUAUCCUUCGCCCAUGAUGGUGCAACCCAUAUUUAACCAUCAGCAAAAUAGUGCCUUGUUUUCUCCUCCGCCUCACUUUAUACCAAAUUUUCCACCAAUACAAACACAGACUAGUAAUCCAUCCAUGCUGAGACCACCGCUGCCAGCACAGCAUCGUCGUUCAGGAUGCUGUUGUUUAGGUAUUUCAUUUUGUGCCUGUAUUUGGACCAUCAUUUUAGCCUUGUUUUUUUUGGCAGGCAUAGGUUUGAUUGUAGCUACGAAGAUAAUUGGGGAUAAGUGUACGGAUACAGCAGGGAUUUGUGGACAGUUACUGCAUGAUGGGUUUCUAUACGGAGGAAUUGCAAUUGCUGGUACGUCUGCACUUAUCAUUGCUUGGAGGGUACUACGGUGGUAUGGUCAUACAAGAGGAGAACAAACACAAUUUACAAAUACACAUUAA